CAUUGCACCGGUAUCCAAUUCUGACGUCACCGAUAAUAAUAAAGAGGUUGAUAUCAGGGAGGUGCCAUUUUGAGGAUACUCGACAAAAAGUUUUUUAACUUUUAAAGUGAUCAAAGUGUGGUGAAAAUUUGUAUUUUCAAAAAAAAAAAUAAACUGUACGACUUUGUUGAAAUAAUAAACUCGAUAAAAAAAGAAAAUCUUCGUAACAAUACAUAGAAUUCGAUAAAAAUGGAUCAAAUCCCCCCUCCAAAGGAGGUGAAAAUCCUUGAAACCGCCGAGGACAUUCAAGAACGUCGUCAAGAAGUUUUGACACGCUAUGAUAACUUUAAAGCUGAUGCUAGAGCAAAAAGAGAGAAGUUAGAAGAUUCCAGAAGAUUCCAAUACUUUAAAAGAGAUGCUGACGAGCUAGAAUCAUGGAUUUUAGAAAAGUUACAGGCAGCUAGCGACGAAAGUUACAAAGAUCCAACCAAUUUACAAGCAAAAAUUCAAAAACAUCAAGCUUUUGAGGCUGAAGUUGCAGCUCACAGUAAUGCUAUUGUUGUUCUGGACAAUACCGGCCGGGAAAUGAUUAACCAGAACCAUUAUGAAAGUGAAACAAUCAGAAGAAGAUUAGAGGAACUACAUAGAUUAUGGGAACAGCUUCUUUCAAAACUAGCAGAAAAGGGUACAAAACUCCAACAAGCUCUAGUUCUUGUCCAGUUUAUACGUCAUUGCGAUGAAGUUAUGUUUUGGAUAAACGAAAAAAGCGCGUUUCUUUCUGCAGAAGAAUUCGGCCAUGAUUUAGAACAUGUAGAAGUAUUACAACGUAAAUUCGACGAGUUCCAAAAAGACAUGGCUUCACAAGAAUACAGAGUAACAGAAGUUAAUGAACUCGCUGAUAAAUUACUCCAUGACGGUCAUCCAGAAAGAGACCAAAUUAUAACCAGAAAAGAAGAACUGAACAACGCUUGGCAACGUCUUAAACAAAUAACUCUCAUGCGUCAAGAUAAACUUUAUGGCGCUCACGAAAUUCAACGUUUCAAUAGGGACGCAGAUGAAACAGUUGCUUGGAUAGCCGAAAAAGACGUUGUACUAUCAUCCGACGAUUAUGGCAGAGAUUUGGCAAGCGUACAAGCUCUACAACGUAAACAUGAAGGAGUUGAAAGAGAUUUGGCAGCGUUGGAAGACAAAGUGUCUACUUUGGGAAAGGAAGCUGAUAGAUUAGGGGCUAUUCAUGCUGAUCAUGGUGAUGUUAUACAAGCUAAAAGAUCCGAAAUUGAGGAUUAUUGGCACAGUUUGACAGCUAAAGCUAAGGAAAGACGUGAAAAGUUGGAAGAAUCCUAUGCUCUCCAUCGGUUUUUAGCUGAUUUCAGAGAUCUAGUCUCUUGGAUAAACGACAUGAAAGCUAUUAUUUCAGCCGAUGAAUUAGCAAAAGAUGUAGCAGGUGCUGAAGCUUUACUAGAACGCCACCAAGAGCACAGAGGUGAAAUAGAUGCUAGAGAAGACAGCUUCAAAGCUACAACAGAAGCUGGACAACAGCUAUUGGAAAAAAAUCAUUAUGCCAGUGAUGAAGUUAAAGAAAAACUUUCCAUGUUAGAUUCUGACAAGAAAUCGUUGAUUGCUCUUUGGGACGAAAGACGUAUUUUGUAUGAGCAAUGCAUGGAUCUACAAUUGUUCUAUAGAGAUACAGAACAAGCUGAUACUUGGAUGGCAAAACAAGAAGCCUUUUUGGCUAACGAGGAUCUUGGGGAUUCUUUAGACUCUGUGGAAGCCCUUAUUAAGAAACAUGAAGAUUUUGAAAAAUCUCUAGCGGCUCAGGAGGAGAAAAUCAAAGCUCUAGAUGAAUUUGCUACUAAACUAAUUGAUGGUGAACAUUAUUCGGCUGAUGAUGUAGCCCAAAGAAGAGCUAUGCUUUUAGAACGUCGCAAGGCGCUUAAAGAAAAAUCUAGUAUCCGUAGAGAAAUUUUGGAAGAUGCUUACAAAUUACAACAGUUUGAACGUGAUUGUGAUGAAACUAAAGGAUGGAUCAAUGAAAAAUUGAAAUUUGCUACAGAUGAAAGUUAUUUAGACCCAACUAAUUUAGGUGGGAAAGUCCAAAAACAUCAAAAUUUUGAACAGGAACUUAACGCCAAUAAAUCAAGAAUGGAAGAUAUCACAUCAACAGGCCAAGAACUUAUUGAGGCUAAACAUUAUGCUGCUCCUCGCAUACAAUCCCGUAUGGAAGAAAUAGUCAAUUUAUGGGAAACUUUGGUACAAGCUACUGAUAAAAAGAACUCCAAAUUACAGGAAGCCAGUCAACAACAACAGUUCAACAGAACCAUAGAAGAUAUUGAGUUGUGGUUAUCAGAAAUCGAAGGCCAAUUAAUGUCUGAAGAUUAUGGUAAAGAUUUGACUUCAGUACAAAAUUUACAAAAAAAACAUGCCCUAUUGGAAGGAGAUGUCGCAUCUCACCAAGAUAGAAUUGAAAGUAUAACAUCAGCAGCAACACAGUUUGUUGAAAGAGGACAUUUUGAUGCCGAUAACAUCGCUCACAAACAAAAGUUAUUGACAGAUAGAUAUGCAGCUUUACAGACUCCCAUGGCUAUUAGAAAACAGCGAUUAUUGGAUUCUUUACAAGUACAACAAUUAUUCAGAGAUAUUGAAGACGAAGAAGCUUGGAUCAGAGAAAAAGAACCUGUAGCAGCUAGCACCAACAGAGGUCGUGAUUUAAUAGGAGUACAAAAUUUGAUCAAGAAACAUCAAGCAGUUUUAGCUGAAAUUAAUAAUCAUGAAGGACGUAUUGGAGCCGUUAUUGAUGCUGGUAAACAAAUGAUGGAAGAUGAACAUUUCGCCAGUGAUGAAAUUAGAAAUAGAGUAAACGCACUCAACGAUCAUUGGGAAUCUCUUAAAGAAAAAUCUAGCCAACGUAAACAAGAUUUGGAAGAUUCUCUUCAAGCUCAUCAAUAUUACGCAGAUGCUAAUGAAGCUGAAUCUUGGAUGAAAGAAAAAGAACCUAUCGUCAGUAAUACUGAUUAUGGUAAAGACGAGGAUUCUUCUGAAGCAUUAUUAAAGAAACAUGAGGCUUUGAUGAGCGAUUUGGCUGCUUUCGGUAAUACUAUUGAAGCUUUGAAAGAACAAGCCCGCAGUUGUCGUCAACAAGAACCACCGGUAGUUGAUGUAACUGGAAGAGAAACUGUACAAGCUUUAUAUGACUACACAGAGAAAUCCGCAAGGGAAGUUUCCAUGAAGAAAGGAGAUUUGUUGCAUUUAUUGAAUUCUAAUAAUAAGGAUUGGUGGAAGGUUGAAAUCCAUGAUCGUCAAGGUUUUGUUCCAGCUGCUUACGUAAAGAAAGUAGACGCAGGUUUAACAGCUUCUCAGCAAAAUCUUCUGGACAGCAAUUCGAUAUCUGCUAGACAAAAUCAGAUUAACCAACAAUAUGACAGGCUGCUUCAAUUGGCAAAUGAACGUCGAAACAAACUCGACGAAACGGUCAAAGCUUACGUUCUCGUUAGAGAAGCUGCAGAAUUGGCUGGAUGGAUCAAAGAUAAAGAAAUGCAUGCUCAAGUACAAGAUGUCGGUGAGGAUUUGGAACAAGUUGAGGUUCUACAAAAGAAAUUCGAUGAUUUCCAAACCGAUUUGAAAGCUAACGAAGUUAGAUUAGCGGAAAUGAAUGAAAUCGCCAUGCAGUUGGUAUCGCUUGGUCAAACUGAAGCCGCUUUAAAGAUUCAAACUCAGAUGGAAGAUUUGAACACCAAAUGGACUGAUUUGCAACAAUUAACUUCCGAAAGGGCCAGCCAAUUAGGUUCUGCUCAUGAAGUCCAAAGGUUCCAUAGAGAUGUGGAUGAGACUAAAGAUUGGAUAACCGAAAAAGACGAAGCAUUAAAUAAUGAUGAUUUAGGAAAGGAUCUGAGAAGCGUACAAGCUUUACAAAGAAAACACGAAGGAUUGGAAAGAGAUUUAGCAGCUUUAGGCGACAAGAUCAAACAAUUGGAUGACACCGCAAACCGUUUAGUGACUACUCACCCCGAAAGUGCCGAACAAACUAGGUUGAAACAAGAAGAAAUAACUAAAUUAUGGACUCAAUUAACAGCUAAAGCCAAUAGUCGUAAAGAGAAACUUUUAGAUUCGUAUGAUUUACAAAGAUUCCUCAAUGAUCAUCGUGAUCUUUUGGCUUGGAUUAACUCCAUGUUAGUGUUAGUCAGUUCCGAAGAACUAGCUAAUGAUGUUACUGGAGCUGAAGCCUUGAUCGAACGCCACCAGAACUACAAGGCAGAAAUAGAUGCAAUGUAUGGCGUUCGUGCUCCUCAGGAGCACCGAACUGAAAUAGACGCACGCGCUGGUACUUUCCAUGCACUAGAACAAUUUGGUCAGCAACUACUUAACUCGAAUCAUUAUGCAAGUCCCGAAAUUCAAGAAAAACUUGAGCAACUCAAUAAGGCACGCGCCGACCUCGAACGAGCUUGGAUCGAUAGACGAUUACAAUUAGAUCAAAAUCUUGAAUUGAAUCUUUUCUACAGAGAUUGCGAACAGGCAGAAAAUUGGAUGUCUGAUAGAGAAGCAUUCUUGGCUUCGGAUGAAGUUGACAGUAAUGGAGACAACGUUGAAGCUUUGAUCAAGAAACACGAAGAUUUCGAUAAAGCUAUUAAUGCACACGAAGAAAAAAUUGGUGCUUUACAAACUUUAGCCGAUCAACUAAUAGAGAGGGAGCAUUACGCUUCCAAACCCAUUGAUGACAAACGUAACCAGGUUUUGGAUAGAUGGCGUCAUUUGAAAGAUGCUCUAAUUGAAAAGCGAUCGAAACUAGGGGAGAGUCAGACUCUACAACAAUUCUCCAGAGACGCCGACGAAAUUGAGAAUUGGAUAGCGGAGAAACUCCAGCUAGCUACAGAAGAAAGUUACAAAGAUCCGGCAAAUAUUCAAUCAAAACACCAGAAGCAUCAAGCAUUUGAAGCUGAAUUGGCAGCUAAUGCAGAUAGGAUACAAGCUGUAUUAGCUAACGGGGCUAAUCUAAUUAAUAAACACCAAUGUGCUGGAUCAGAAGAAGCUGUUCAGAAACGUCUUGAAUCUAUAGCAGAUCAAUGGGAAUUUUUAACACAAAAAACGACAGAAAAAUCUCUAAAACUUAAAGAAGCCAAUAAACAGAGGACAUUCAUCGCAGCUGUUAAAGAUUUGGACUUUUGGUUAGGCGAAGUGGAAAGUUUAUUAACCAGCGAAGAUGCUGGAAAAGAUUUGACUUCUGUACAGAAUUUGAUCAAGAAACAUCAAUUGGUUGAAGCUGAUAUUCAACAUCAUGAUGAUAGAAUUAAAGAUAUGAACGAUCAGGCGGAUUCUUUGAUAAAAAGUGGACAAUUCGAUACUGCAUCUAUUCUCGAAAAACGAGAUUCCAUCAACACUAGAUAUGAACGAAUAAAAAAUCUGGCUGCACACAGACAAGCAAGGCUCAACGAAGCAAACACCCUGCAUCAAUUUUUCAGAGAUAUCGCUGACGAGGAAUCUUGGAUCAAGGAGAAAAAACUUUUGGUAGGUUCAGAUGACUACGGUCGCGAUUUAACCGGUGUACAGAACCUCAAGAAGAAACACAAACGUUUAGAAGCUGAACUAGCUUCACACGAACCAGCCAUUCAAGCUGUACAAGAAGCCGGAGAAAAAUUGAUGGACGUUUCUAAUUUGGGUGUACCAGAAAUCGAACAAAGACUCAAAGCUCUCAAUCAAGCUUGGGUCGAAUUGAAGCAAUUAGCCGCUACUAGAGGACAAAAAUUGAAUGAAUCCUUAACUUAUCAACAAUUCUUGGCUAAAGUUGAAGAGGAGGAAGCUUGGAUAAGUGAAAAACAACAGUUAUUGGGCGUUGAAGAUUACGGUGAUACAAUGGCUGCUGUGCAAGGAUUGUUGAAGAAACAUGAUGCUUUUGAAACCGAUUUCCAAGCACACAGAGAUCGUUGCAAAGAUAUAAGCGACGAUGGACAACGUUUAAUAUCCGAAGGUAAUCAUCAUUCUGACAGUAUCAAUCAACGUUGCCAACAAUUACAGACGAAACUCGAUCAUUUGGCAGCUUUGGCUGGUAGACGUAAGGCCAAACUCGUCGAUAAUUCAGCUUAUUUGCAAUUCAUGUGGAAAGCUGACGUUGUCGAAAGUUGGAUCGCCGAUAAGGAGAGUCACGUCAAGAGCGAAGAAUUUGGUAGAGAUUUGUCUUCUGUUCAAACUCUAUUAACCAAACAAGAGACUUUUGAUGCCGGUCUCACUGGGUUUGAACACGAAGGUAUACAAAAUAUAACUGCUCUAAAAGACCAGUUAAUUUCUUCCAAUCACGAUCAAACUCAAGCUAUUCUCCAAAGACACCAAGCUGUCAUCGAAAGAUGGCAAAAAUUAUUAAACGAUUCCGACGCGCGUAAACAACGCCUGUUACGAAUGCAAGAGCAAUACAAAGAAAUCGAAGAGCUCUUCCUCAUGUUCGCCAAACGCGCAUCCGCUUUCAACUCCUGGUUCGAAAACGCUGAAGAAGAUUUAACUGAUCCAGUGCGAUGUAAUUCUAUAGAAGAGAUUCGGGCAUUGAAAGAAGCUCACGCUCAAUUCCAGGCUUCUCUAUCGAGCGCACAAGCCGACUUCGAUGCACUGGCUCAGCUCGACCAACAAAUCAAAAUGUUUAACGUUGGACCCAAUCCGUACACUUGGUUCAAUAUGGAAGCUUUGGAAGAAACUUGGAGAAAUUUACAAAAGAUAAUCGCCGAGAGAGACGUCGAGUUGAAUAAGGAAACGCAACGACAAGAGGAGAACGAUAAGCUCAGAAAGGAAUUCGCUAAGUAUGCUAAUGCUUUCCAUCAAUGGUUGACAGAGACACGUUACCGCAUUUUAGGAUGGGAUGGUACCUCCAUGAUGGAGGGCUCUGGUUCUCUAGAACAACAGUUAGAAGCGACUAAACGAAAGGCGGCUGAAGUACGCGCUCGUAGAUCCGAUUUAAAGAAAAUAGAAGAUCUAGGAGCCAUUCUUGAAGAACAUCUCAUUUUGGACAAUAGAUAUACGGAACAUUCUACGGUAGGUUUAGCACAACAAUGGGACCAAUUGGAUCAAUUAGGAAUGAGGAUGCAACAUAAUUUGGAACAACAGAUACAAGCCAGAAACCAAUCAGGUGUAAGUGAAGAUGCUCUUAAAGAAUUCUCGAUGAUGUUCAAGCAUUUCGAUAAAGAAAAAUCAGGAAAACUCAAUCAUCAAGAAUUCAAGAGCUGUCUCCGAGCUUUAGGUUACGAUCUUCCUAUGGUCGAAGAAGGACAACCUGAUCCAGAAUUUGACGCUAUACUUGAUGUGGUGGAUCCAAAUAGAGAUGGACACGUAUCCUUGCAAGAAUACAUGGCAUUUAUGAUUAGUAAAGAAACAGAAAACGUGCAAAGUUCGGAAGAAAUAGAGAAAGCAUUUAGAGCAAUAACUGCGGGAGAUCGUCCUUAUGUCACCAAAGAAGAAUUAUAUGCUAACCUCACCAAAGAAAUGGCGGAUUAUUGUGUGGCGAGGAUGAAGCCGUAUGUGGAACCUAAAACAGAGCGACCUAUACAGGGUGCUUUGGAUUAUAUAGAAUUUACACGCACUCUUUUUCAAAAUUAAUUUUUAAUAGACUCCGGUUCUUACUGGACGUUAUAAAGUAUAAAAAUAUUAUUGCAAUAAGAAACAAAAUAUUUAUUGAAAGUAUAUAUUCCAGAUUUAUAUAUAUUUAUUAUUGUUCUCUAUACUCGUUUUUAAUUUUGCUACUACUGGUUUACAACUUUUUUUAAAUGCAUCGCUGCUUGAUUUUAGAAUCCAGAGCAUAGAAAAUUAACAAAAAAAACUUGUUUUAAAAUAAUAUUCAUAUUUAUGUUCUUGUAACUUUUGAGUAUUCCUCAAUAUAUAACUUUUGCUUCAUUGAAA